AUGGACCUACCAGACGAUGAAGAUGGCUUCGAUAGCGAGCUCAGCUGGGAUCCCUCUGCCCGCCGCAGUCGAAGACGUCUGUUGGGACGGCGGCGGCUGAACCGGAACAAUGAAGACCGUAGCAAGGCAACGACCGUCCUGGAUCCAGUGAUCGACUUCAAGGAAGCGGAAGACAGAGCUGAACCACAGCCGGUCGCUCGCUCCGAUCAGGAUCUGCCAACGGUUUCUCUUCCUUGCAGGGUUGCCCUUGUCAACAUCAGCGGUUUGAAUGGACUGGAAGCUGGUUUCGACCAUUAUACUCUCGCUCAUCUUACAUCCGUAGAAGCCUUCAGAAAGACAGUCGCCACGGCUCUCGACAUCGACAAGAUAAGCUUUAGGUUUCGGGAUGACAAGAUUUUGGGUGAAACGGCCACCAACAACGCGAUAAGGAGCCUGGCAGUUGAAUUAUUGGAUCAUGUGACGCGGUCACAGACCGAAGAUACAGUGGUUAUAUUUGUAGCUCGUGACUUGGGUGGUUCGGUGCUAAAGCAGAGAACAGCUCUUCUGUCCACUGCUUUGGACGGCCCUUGGCUUCCACAGCAACUCCAACACCUAUCCGCUUUUCACGAAGAUUUGACGGUAAAAUUCAGGGCCCUUCUCGAGACGAUCGAUGUCGAGCUCCUCAGCAUUUACCAGGAGCCGCCAGGGCAGGCCACAUACGAACUGCUUGUCCCGGAAGCUGCUGCCACGCUGAGCCAGCCGAGAGAAGUACGAAUUGGUCUCCACAGGUCUCACCAGUCGUUGGCGGAAUUCCAUGAUCUCGCCACGCAGACGGCUUUUGCGAACAAAGUUCAGGACGUCCGAAGCAAGCGGCAACCCGAGUAUCAGUUGUUGAUCAAGCUCCUUUCAAACCAUGGGCUCAGCAUACCAGUCCGCCACUACAACUAUUCGAGACCGGUAUUUAGAAAUUUGUGCGACUGGCUGCUUCCGGACGGUGCUUUUGCGCCUUGGAUGGACACCAAAUCAUCUCUCGAGUCACUCCCUGAGGAUCCCGUGGAGCGUGCAGGGAUGCUCAUUGCAAAGAAUCUCCUGGUCCUUGAGGUGGGCGGAGCUAUCAAUGACACCGCAAUCCUCGCUGGCUCGCUUGUCGCCUCGAUCAGAAGCAAGAGAGCAUUGGCAGUCGAUCAUUUCAUCACUCUGGCGCACCACCAUCCCCAGGUCCUAACUCUGACCAAACCCCAGUUAAUGGCCUCUUUGUGUCACCAGAUUCUUAUCCACAGCCCGCGUCUCCUUAGCCUGGUCCGGCAAUGGCUUAAACCUGCCCGAGAGGCCCUCCAGAGCCACAAUUCCCACUGGAAGGAGGCCGUGUUGUGGCAAAUUCUUAAGACACUGUUCAGCAGCAAAUCUCUGCGCCACGACUGCAUCAUAGUCCACGAGCCGCCGGAUGUGAAGUUCUCUUGGCCCUUUCUGGACCUGCUUACCGACAUAGGUAGUUUGCUAGAGUCAACUGAGAUUCAUUGCAAGAUCCUGGUGGUCCGGGCCACUCCCUCCAGUAACGGCCUGCCCCAACGGUGGCCGGUACUACAAAAAGUCAUCAGCCACGGCGACCAAGGUGCUAGAGCGGCCCUCGAGAUGGACUUUACCGAGGAGUCGCGCAUACAUUCGCAUAGCGGCCCGGAUCCGACUACACGGCGGGAGAAGGCGCUCAGCGUUCUUCUCCGAGACGGAGUUGAGCUUGACAAGGCCCGAAUAGUUGCGCACUUGAUAGCGAAACAUACGUUGUUACCACUAGAGCUACUCGAGAAGACGUCGUUAGGUUGGGAGACAGAUGAUGGGUUGGCCUCUCUGAUCUCCGACCUGAUACCAAAAACGUUCAAGGCUUGGGUGGGCACUGGACUCUUAUGGAUGACCCACGCUGCGAGACCCUUGACCCGGAUCGAGUUGGAAGCCGCGCUCGGCCUUGGGUUCGAUUCUUGCCGUACCCCAACCGUAACACCACCACCCUUGGGUUUCGUGGACAUAUUUGCGGAUUGCUUAUGUGGCCUUUUGGAAAUUGACGCUACCGGUGUUGUCUUCUCUAUGUACCCUUCCAUCUGUCGACGUGUUCUCACCCACAUAAAGCUGGGCCAGGAUGAACCCAAGCUCUUGCUAGAAGUACAGCCAAAUAUGGGGGGUUCCGAUGAGCAGGCCGAGCUUGCUCUGCAUUGUCUCCGUUACCUCAGCCGGGAUGAUGGCUCGAUGGAGCAGCCCACGGCGCCGCUACGUCGAUACGCCGUAGAACAUUGGCUCUCCCACCUCAACUUAUCUGGAGACGCCACUGUCCUCGCUUCUGUCAUGGCCGGCUUCGUCCUGUCAGAUCAGGAUCGGACCAGCCGAUGGAUACAGCAGCGGGCUUUCUACUGGGCGUACUACGAUGCAGACGCGCGGCGAGAGCCGGAAGCUUCAAAUCACGCACCCCCAAGCCUACAAGACUUGGUUAGCGAGUUUCCUUACCAGAGACCUAACGGCCUAAGGGGAAUAAUGGAAAUAAUCGACCUCGCAUUUGAGGCUAGCGCGCUUCGAACAGCCCAGGACCGGCAGAUGUGGCAUGCCCUAGCGCUGGCUGCAGCCCAGACAGGGAAGUUACAUGCACUCCGCAUACUCGAUGGGAGAGGGCACUUGGACGAGGACGAUAUUCUCAAUGCCAUAUCCGAGACAGGGUCCCGAGAUGCAUUGCUUGGUCUUGCGCAAAACAAGCCCACCUGGAGGCUCCAGCACGAGUUUGGCCACUCCUUCAACAACUACGAACCGCCUAUGAUCCACGACCUGGCUGCGAACGGGCAAACUGUCCCCUCAGACCGCUUGUGGGAGGGGCUCAAGUCCGGGCUUGAAUACGAGUCCCCCGCGGGGCAAAGGGUCCUGCAUGUGGCAGCUAGCUCUGGCCAUGUCUAUCUGUUAGCCAAGCUCUUGAUGGGAAUAUCGAAGUCUGCGCUUCGGAUUAACCACCAGGACGCGUUAGGCUUGACCGCGUUACAUUUGGGAGCAGCGAGAGGUCACGUUGCUGCCGUGGAACGGCUACUUGUUGCCGGCGCCCAAGUUGACCCCCUUGACAAGGCUGGGCAGACUCCCCUACACAUGGCGAGUACCGGCGGUUACGUCGAGACGGUUCGGGCCCUACUUGGACGCGGCGCAUCCAUAGGCUUGAAAGACGACGAGGGGAAGACGCCGCUCCAUCUAGCCUUGGAAGACGGUGACCUUGACGUGUCGAUCGUUCUUCUUGACAAGCUAGUAUCAUGCACGGAACAACGGAGUUCCGUUGAUCUCGACGUCGCCGCCAAGGAAAGCCUUACGCCGCUGACACUGGCUGUGAGGAAUAGCCUGCUCCCAGCAGUGAGGAGCCUACUCCGUCUCGGAGCGGACGUCAACACGGCCAAUACCAGCCAGGAUAACAUAACUCCGCUACACGCGGCGGUUAAGCAUGGCUCGUACGAAGUCGUAGAGGAACUAUUAGGAGCCGAGGGCAUCGAUGUCAACGCCCGCGCUGACCAAAAUAUAACACCUCUUCACUUGGCGGCCGAGCUGGACCGUCCCCGCGUGAUGCGGAGCUUGUUGGACAAGGGCGCAGACACCAGUGUUCAGGAUAGGCGCGGACUAACGCCCCUUUCGGUUGCAUGUCUCUCGGGCAAUGUCUCUGUCGUGAAGAUGCUGCUUCCGUCUGUCCCUCGCGGCCAGCUCGGGCUCCCUUAUUAUUGGGCUUCAAGGUCGGGCAACGAAGAGCUAUUAAGCCUCGUUUUGGAUGCGGGCGUCGACAAGAAUUCAAAGUGGAGUAUUCACGGCGCAAUACAUCGUGUGUCCUUCUGCUUGGAGCCCAGGCUCCUGAGGCUACUCCUUGUCCGGCGCGUGGACCUAGAGCUGCGCGACAGCAACGGGGCGACUGCAUUGAUGCGCGCUGUCGAUCAAGAUGCGCGUGAGUGUGUCAAGCUUCUGGUCGACGCGGGCGCGAGUGUAUCUUCGGAGGAUGAGAAAGGUCACACAGCUUGGUUCCGCGCGGCAUCCAUGAACCGUCUAGAGUGCCUUCGGAUAUUGCUCCGUUCGUGCCAUAGUAUGGAGUUCAAGGUACCAACCGGCAAGUCGGACAGCUAUGAAACAGUAGUGGAUAUGGCUCUGGCUGAGUUUAAACCCGAGAUCUUUCGGAUGCUGGUUGACCACCUCUCAACCCUGUCGGCGCAGUUCUCGCUAUCACCAAGUCCAGACAUGGUGGUGCGGUUGGUGUCGCAAGACUGCAAUGUGGAAAAUAUCCGGACCCUACUCGAAAAGGCCACUCACUGGGACCCCAACGAAGAGGUGGGCCGCCGCGGGACGAUGCUUCAUCAUGCCGCGUAUUUCGGAAGACUCCAUCUAACAGAAGUUCUCAUACAAUCCGAUCGCGUGGACGUGAACAAGCGCAACGACAUGUAUGGUACACCCUUGGAAACCGCCGUUUGCGAGCCAGACAGCCCUUCCUGCAUAGAGAUUGUGAAGAAACUUCUGGGCAAGGGGGCCCUCACCUCCAUCGGAAGUUCUUACUUCGGCUCGCCUCUACACGCAGCCGCGGCCACGCCCAAGUACGUGUGGAUGGACGAAGUAGAGGACCGGUACCUUACUAUGGCGCGGUGUAUUCUGCUGCGUGAUCCGUCGGCAAUCAACCUAACGGCCGGUUACUUUGGGACGCCUUUGGCUGCGGCGUUGGGUCGCGGAACGGAAGCCAUGAUCGCCGAGCUUCUACAAUACUCACCAAACCUCGUCGUUCCAGCAGGUAUUGUUGGUACAGUUCUCCAUGCUCUCGCAGGGAGGAAGGAACCAGUCGGAGGCCUGGUUCCCACCUUGAAGAUGUUGUUGGACCGGGCAGCCCCGGCGGUCACGCCCGCAACACCAGACGCGGCCGGGCGUUUACCGAUCCACCUGGCGGCGGUUGAAGAUAAUGAAGCCUUCAUCUCGCUCCUGACCACACCCGAAGUAACCCUCCUUUCCAGAGCCGUGGGAGGACGACACGCGCUGCACUUCGCCGCAGGGUCAGGUUCGAUGAGCGUUGCCGCGGAGCUCCUCGUCCAGCACCCGGAUGCGAUUCAUGACGUCGACGACGACGGCUGGACCCCCCUGCACUGGGCGUGUCGCCGGGAUUUCGUGCCCAUGGUGAAACUGCUGCUUGAAAACGGGGCGGACAAACACCGCAGGACGAAUCGCGGUUGGCAGCCCAUCGAUGUUGCCGUGUAUCACGGCUUCCACGACAACAUCGUUGAGCUCGUUAGGGUCAGCCCAGAGACCCCGGAGAAGCCGCCGCCGCCGCUACAUAGCGAGCUGGCGGUCGAACAAGAGAGGUCGCCACCGAAUGCCGCUGCGUUGGCGAGGACGGGAGAGUACCUGUCGUAUCAUUGCGACAACUGCCUAUUGGACAUCUACGGGCCGCGAUACUGUUGUACGUGCCACGGCCUGGAUCUCUGCUUCAAGUGCUUCCGGCUCACGUGGAAACACCUUUUUACGGGCCAUCACUUUGAGUUGUUCGAUAUGCUCGGGGACAGAUUGUCGGCAACGGGAGAAGAGGACACGGAUGGACAUUGA